AUGGGUUCAGUCGAGGUUCUUGUACCCUCUGAUCUCUUGGGCCCAAAGCCCCCCAAGACGACACUCGAAUCAGACAUCUCGUUGGCCUCCAAACCCGAUGAUCUCCCCUUCGACCCUGAAGCGCUGAGGCGCAAGUAUAUGGAAGAACGCGACAAGCGACUAAAGUACGGCCAGGAGAAAGGCGGUAUCAACCAAUAUCGGCUGGUUGAGCAUGGCGGCCCCUUCGCGCAUUACCUCCGGGACCCAUGGGUAGAGCCCGGCUUCAAGCGAGACCCCAUCGAGGAGCAAGUUGACGUUAUCAUUAUCGGGGGUGGGUAUGGCGCUCAGCUCGUCGCCGUUCGAUUGAUCGAGGCUGGUGUCACCAAUGUGAAGAUCAUUGAGAAAGCAGGUGAUUUUGGAGGAACCUGGUAUUGGAACCGAUACCCAGGUGCUCAAUGCGAUAUUGAAUCAUAUAUUUACAUGCCUCUUCUCGAAGAGCUCAAUUAUAUGCCGACCGAAAAGUACGCCAGGGCCAAUGAACUCCUCAAGCAUGCUGAAAUGAUCGGCCGUCGCUGGGGCUUGUACGACAAAGCGCUUUUCCAGACGGAGACGCACCGUCUCGAGUGGGAUGAGAAGAGCGGGUUGUGGACGGCCAAAACCAACUGGGGCGAUAAAAUCCGGGCAAAGUAUGUCAUCCCAGCUGCUGGACCGCUCCAUCGACCCAAGCUCCCUGGUCUCCCGGGAAUCGAGUCCUUCAAAGGUCACUCUUUUCACUCGUCGAGGUGGGACUACAACUACACUGGCGGUGACACCACCGGCAACCUCCACAAGCUCGCGGACAAACGUGUCGGCAUCAUCGGUACCGGUGCGACUGCGGUCCAAAUCGUGCCUCACUUGGGAAAAUGGGCCAAAGAGGUGUACGUCUUCCAACGCACGCCAUCCUCGAUCGACGUCCGCGGUAACCGGCCUACUGACCCUGAGUGGGCCGCCUCCCUGAAGCCUGGCUGGCAAAAGGAGCGCAUGGACAACUUCAACAUCAUCGUCAAUGGCGGGAUUGCGCCCGUCGACCUGGUCAAGGACGGCUGGACCGACAUCCUGCACAAACUCCUCGCUCGCUGGCAACCGACGGUGGGCAACGAGCCGGCGGAUCCGGCCAAGGCGGCCGCACAGCGCCAAAUAGCCGACUAUGAGAAAAUGGAAUCUGUCCGGGCCCGCUGCGACGAAGUGGUCAAGGACCCCGUGACGGCGGCGGCGCUGAAGCCGUGGUACAACCAGCUGUGCAAGCGGCCGUGCUUCCACGACGAAUACCUGGACGCAUUCAACCGGCCCAACGUGCACCUGAUCGACACGGCGGGUAAGGGCGUCGAAGCCAUCACGGAGACGGGGGUUGUGGCCAACGGCCAGCUGUACGAGCUGGACACUCUCAUCUACGCGACGGGCUUCGAGCUCGCGACGGAGUGGAGCCACCGGUCCAACAUGGAGGUGGUCGGGCGCGGCGGCAAGACCAUCACCGACUGCUGGAAGGAUGGGUCGCGCACGCUGCAUGGCUGGACGACGCGCGACUUCCCCAACUGCUUCUGGGUGCAGAUCGUGCAGGCGGCGCUGUCGCCCAACUUCCUCCACGUCACGGGCGAGCAGGCCGAGCACCUGGCGUACGUGAUCGCCGAGUGCCAGCGACGCGGCGUGCGCACGGUCGAGCCCACCGCGGCGGCCGAGGAGGACUGGAUCAACACCAUCCUGGAGAUGGCCAAGCUGCGCGCCGAGUUCCUGUCCGGCUGCACCCCGGGCUACUACAACAACGAGGGCACGCCGAACCCGUCCGCGGCCAAGAAUGCCAGCUACGGCGGCGGGGCGCCCGCGUUUUUGAACCUGUUGAGGGACUGGCGGGCCAAGGGGCAGCUGGAGGGGUUGGACCUGACGUAUGAGGAGGGGGGGAAGGAUGAGAAGAAGGAAGAGAGCGCAUCAUAA